GUUCAUACAAAAGAAAGGGAUUGUCUGAAAAUUGGAAAAUGUUGUUGUUAACAUCAUAUUGUUCUUGUCGCAUUAAAUUAUAAUUUUUGGUUUGGGCAUCAUGAAUUUUUGGUGCGUGAAAUCUGCAACAAAAGUCAAAAUCCCUUCACUCAUUCAAACAUCUACACGCGCAAUUGCAGUGGGUGGGUGUGGGUUUGCAGAUUAAUUCCAUUUCUUCAUCACCUUUCUUCACAUUUUCGUCAUUAAUUACGUCGAAGCUUUUACACAAUCUCUUUCAUAGAUCAGAGAACAGAUUAAUUAACUCUAUUCUAUUCUAUUCCCUUAUAUAAUAAUCUGGAAAGAGUCCGACUAAAAGCCAGAUACCCAGCUGUUUUUUUGCCUUUUUGAUCUUUACUAGAAGGAGCUUUGUUUGUUUCGUCUAGGGUUCCUCUUUUUCUCUCUCUAAACAUAUGCAUAUUUCGAGAAAUCAACAUUACGACGAAAGAGAACAAGUGAAGAAUUGUAUCACAAGAUCUCGAUUUUUUUACUUAUCGAGAUCGUUUAAUGGCGGAACUUCUCUUCUCCUUCAAUAAGGAUACUCUUACAAUCAAACCUCCAAAAAAAGCUUCAUUGGUGUUGAGAUUAAUGCUAUCAGCAUUCGCAAUGGUGUGUGGUAUUUAUAUAUGUUCCAUUUGUUUAAAACAAAUGAAUCUUCAAAACAAGAACAAGUUUUUAUUCUUCGAUGACUUCGAGAGGCCAUGUUCUGAUACAAUCGUUGAUCGUUCCCAAAUCCCUUUCUUGCAUUACCCAAAACCCAAAACUUUCAAUAGGUCAGAAUGUUCGGGAAACCCUGUGAGAUUGUUUGCGAUUGUGUCUAUGCAAAGAUCGGGAAGUGGGUGGUUUGAGACUUUAUUGAAUAGUCAUGUAAAUGUGAGUUCAAAUGGAGAGAUUUUUGGUCCAAAAAGUAGAAGGAAUAAUGUUUCAUCGAUUAUUCAAACACUUGAUACAGUUUAUAAUCUUGAUUGGUUUACUAGUUCUUCAAAGAAUGAAUGUUCUGCUGCAAUUGGCUUCAAAUGGAUGCUUAAUCAGGGAUUGAUGCAACAUCCUAAAGAAAUAGCAGAGUACUUCAACGAUAGGGGCGUAAAUGUCAUUUUCCUCUUACGAAGAAAUAUGUUGCGUAGAUUGGUCUCGAUGCUUGCAAAUGCAUUCGAUAAAGAUGCCAAGCUUCUAAAUGGGGUCCACGUGUCUCAUGUACACUCGCCUGAAGAGGCUUCUUUACUUUCUAAAUACAAGCCCAAUAUAAACAUAACAUCUUUAAAAUCGGAUUUAAGAGGAAUGGAAUCAACAUCAAUGAAAGCACUCAAUUACUUCAAUACAACAAGACACAUCAUCAUCUACUAUGAAGAUCUCAUUAGAGACCCUUCUCAGAAAAUGAUGCAAGUGGAAGACUUUCUGAAGCUGCCACGAAUGAAUUUGACUAGUCAACAAGUGAAGAUACACAAAGGGGCAUUAUCGGAACAUAUUGAAAAUUGGGAUGAAGUCAACAAGACUUUAAGUGGAACGGCUUAUGAGAAAUUUCUUCAAGCUGACUAUUGAUGAAACCCUUGUGUAAAUAAUCUAAUUCAAAUCAAUAGAAAAUGUUGAAAAUGGUGUUUUUUGGUUUUUUUAGAUAUGUGUUAGGUUAUACAUGUUGUUUUUGGUUGUAGGAAAUGAUUUGAGAAAGUGUAAUUAGGGUUAGGGAUUUUCGGUUAGUAUCUUGCUAGCUGUUGUGACAAUGUUGGUGAU